AUGCUCCAAAAUCAACAGGCUAAUGACCGGGCCAAGAGGCGGGAAAAGGAUGUCCCGGCCAACCCGGUCAUUGCUACGGGAGCACGGAGGGCAGCGCUGGUCGACCCUGGCGCGCCUAAGUCCCAAGAGCCCUCUAUGCACGAGGAGCUGGAGUCGCUUUUAAUAGAGAUGGCCAGCAAGAAGGGGUCGUUGCUCCAAGAGGAUCUGCUCGCCGCCGUCUUCGCCCUGCGGGCCUUACGGAAGCCUGAGCAGCAACCACUCCUCAGCGCCGUGCUGACCGUGGCCAUGAAGGUGCAAGAGGGAACUGCCUCCAGCCACCGCGGCUCGUUAACACAGCUAGCAUGGCUUCCGAUUUUUACGAGUUCUGGGCAGCACUGCAGGUCGGCUUCCCCAGACUCCCGGCCCGGCCUCCGCAUUUCCAGCGAUGGGCCCAGCCAAAGAGAGUUGAGUUGGGGCACCCUGCAGGGCCCGAAAGACAAAAAAGAGCUAGGAGCGCUGGAGGGUUUCUCCACCGCCAGAGGCGGCGCCGCCGCCGUAGACUGA